UGUAUUUAUUGUCUGGGCCACCGGAGCCCCGGGGGCACCGGCUGCCAGACUGUUCUCGCAGAAAGAUUGUGGGCCACGCAACUCCGGUCUGAGCCAUGGCGCCCAAGAAAGCUAAGAAGAGGGCGGAAGGGGCCAACUCCAACGUCUUCUCCAUGUUUGAACAGGCUCAGAUCCAGGAGUUUAAAGAGGCAUUCACCAUUAUGGAUCAGAACCGUGAUGGCUUCAUUGACAAAGCAGACCUGAGAGACACAUUUGCGGCACUAGGACGCUUGAAUGUGAAAAAUGAAGAGCUGGACGAUAUGAUCAAGGAAGCACCUGGACCGAUUAACUUCACCGUAUUCUUGACCAUGUUUGGCGAGAAACUCAAAGGUGCUGACCCGGAAGAGACGAUUCUGAACGCAUUCAAAGUUUUCGACCCAGAGAGCAAGGGCUUGAAGGCAAAUUACAUUAAAGAGAUGCUAACGACGCAAGGAGAGCGGUUUUCACAGGAGGAGGUAGACCAAAUGUUUGCUGCUUUCCCUCCAGACGUCACUGGAAACCUGGACUAUAAGAACCUGGUCCACAUCAUCACACACGGGGAAGACAAGGACUGAAGCGGGAGGGUGUCGGAGUCCGCAGUCUGCACAGUGAAAAGGACCGCUCCUUGUUGACUGGCGCUGCUUCCGCUGCCUCCCUCGAGGCCUACCUGGGCUGUUGGUUACAUGCACGUUGUCGUCCUUCUGGUGUUCUUUGUCUGUCUUCUUUAUAGAGGAAACCUAACUGUAACUGCAGAAAUGUGUUUUUGACACUGCAUCUGUAUUAAACUACUUUUCGGUUGGCGAGA